AAAGAUGGCGGCGUGCAGUCUGCAGAGAGUGCUGGAGAGACAGAGCCCGCUGGAGGGCGCCCUGCUGGAGGCGGAGAGUGAAGGGGAGAGGGAGAAACUGAUACUGCAGUACUUGGGGGAGGUGAAUGCCCGGGCUGAGGAGCUGACAAUCCCUGACUUCUCUCCAGGUUUAGAAUGGCUGAACACAGAAGGUGCCAUCUCUCUACACCAAGAUGUGUGUGGGAAAGUUGUGAUUUUAGAUUUCUUCACGUACUGCUGUAUCAACUGCAUGCACAUGUUCGCUCACCUCCCGAUCUACUGAGCCGACCUGCGUUGCCUUCACUUCUGUCAUUCUCUUUCAGAUGGCCUGGUCAUUAUUGGAGUGCAUUCAGCCAAAUUUCCCAACGAGCGGGUUCUGGAGAACAUCAAGAGCGCCGUCCUCCGCUAUAACAUCGCUCAUCCUGUUGUGAACGACGCAGACGCCACCUUGUGGCAGGAACUGGAAGUCUCAUGCUGGCCCACCCUCGUCCUGUUGGGCCCUCAAGGAAACAUUUUGUUCUCUCUUGUUGGGGAAGGAAACAAAGAGAACCUGUUCCUUUUCACCUCUGUGGCCUUAAAAUUCUACAGAGAGAGGCAGGAGAUCAACUCUAACCGUAUCCCGCUCCGACUCUACCGAGACUCAUUACCCGCCUCUCCAUUACUCUUCCCUGGAAAGGUGGCUGUAGACUCUAUAGGAGAGCAGCUGGUGAUUGCUGACACCGGUCACCACAGGAUUCUGGUUGUGUCCAAGGAAGGGAAGGUGCUGCACACCGUCGGAGGACUGGAGAGUGGACGGCGAGAUGGAAGUUUUUCGGAAUGCUCCUUUAAUUCCCCACAAGGAGUGACUAUCGACGGCAAUAUUAUCUACGUGGCCGACACAGAGAACCAUCUGAUUAGGAAGAUCGAUGUAGAAACAUUAACGGUGAGCACGAUAGCUGGCACUGGGAGUCAAGGAGUCGACAAAGUGGGCGGAGCUCAAGGAAUACAGCAGCCAAUCAGCUCGCCUUGGGAUGUUGUGGUACAUCCACCAGGUGUGUUGUGGAUCGCUAUGGCCGGGACCCAUCAAAUCUGGGCUCUCCUAUUGGAAGAGGGAGCAUUGCCCAAGGGAAGCCUCCUCUGUAAAGGAACGUGCGUUCGGUUUGCUGGAAGCGGAAAUGAAGAGAACAGGAAUAACUCUUACCCGCACAAAGCUGCCUUUGCUCAGCCGUCUGGACUGACCGCGUGCCCCGCGGAGCCUUGGAACUGCCUCUUCAUAGCGGACAGCGAGAGCAGCUCCAUCCGCAGCGUAUCUCUGAAAGACGGAGCCGUCAAACACGUGGCGGGAGGAGAGCGAGACCCCAUGAACCUGUUCGCCUUCGGUGAUGUCGAUGGGGCUGGAAUUAUUGCCAAACUGCAGCAUCCACUGGGGGUGGCCUGGGACCGCAAGCGGAAUCUCCUGUACGUGGCCGAUUCCUACAAUCACAAGAUCAAAGCUGCGGAACCAAAGAGCAAGAACUGCGUUACACUGGCCGGCACAGGAGAAGCCGCUAAAGCCAUCGGUCCCAGUUUUGUGCAGACGUCCUUUAAUGAGCCCGGAGGUCUCUGCAUUGGUGAUGACAGCCAUUUGUUGUAUGUUGCCGACACCAAUAAUCACCAUAUAAAAGUUCUGGAUCUGGAAUCCAAAACAGUUUCUGUGCUUCCCAUAGCUUCCAGCGACGCAACUGAUGUUGUGGACAGUGCGCUGCCAAAGAGAAUCAUUAACCCAAAGCUGCCUAAAUCCACUCCCAACAUUGAGCUGAAAUCCUUAACCGUGUCACCCAGCAAAACCUUAAAAUAUUCCAUAAACCUCAAACUUCCUUCAGGAGCCAAGUUAACCGAAGGUGCCCCGAGUUUCUGGUUUCUCUUCACAGAAGGCCAUGAGUGGUUACUUGCCGGGCAGAAAACCUACGGGGAAAUUCUGAGCCUGUCCAAACCGAGUCAGAUCGAGCUCUCCAUCCCGCGGGAGUUUUCCUCCCCUGAGGCAGUGCUAAAAGUCGGCGUCUGCGUGUAUUUCUGCACCGAGGACAGCAACGUGUGUACGAUGAAGUCCGUCUCCUUUACUCAUCCUUUACAAGUGAGCGUUGAUGACACCGGCUACCCACCCGCUUUGGACCUCGCCUACAGCUUUUAAGAUUUGAACACAACUUCCUGUGCGCCAAAGUUUGCCUUUUGAUAUGGGUUUUCUUGGGACACUAUGAGAGCACAAGGUAGAAAAAAGAG